AUGGUGGCUGGUGCUGGAAUAUUUACGGACACGGGGCAGAUAGGCCCUAAGGAAUCUAAUGCGCAAAUGCUUGAAUGGCCAAGGUCGGAUGGAGACGCCUCUGAUCCUCGUCGGCCUACUGGCGUGAGCUUCACAAAAAACGAGGACAGCGAAAGAAAUGUAAAUUAUUAUCGUUUAGUUCGAGAUACGGAAGAGGCAUCGGUUUCCUGGAGAAGGGACAUAGGGACAUAUGUAGCUGAUGCAAUGGGUCUUCCUGCUGGGAGGAUUUAUUGGAUGAAAGGGUGGCCUGCAGGCUAUGCGUUAUAUGAUCAUCAAAAGGGGCAACUUCCUAACCCUAGACAUGAUCUCUAUCUUUGUGGCUCUGCCACCACAGCUCGCUUUCGUUCGAAAAAUGAAUUCAAGCCACACGCAAAGUGGCUUGUGACUGAUCCCACUUUAAAUCCCCAGAAUUGUGGUUGCAAGUAUUGCACAAAGACUAAGUCGCAAGUCGAGGUCAACCAGGUCCAAAAGCUUAGUGGGCUCCAGCGUGCACCAGAACAUCACCAACGUGUGACAAAAUCCGCGCCUAGCGAGGCCAUGACCCAUGCGCAACGAAAGAUCAUUCGGGAGCAAAACAAAGCUAACCAACAGAAGCCCAAGGCCACUCCAGCUCUCGAGCAGGUAUUAACAGCACUCCCAGAACGCGUUAGAGAUCUGAACUCGGGUCGUAUUUUCCGUGCCUACGAGCUUGUCUGGGUCGCUCUAAUGGAGCCUGUGCCUGUCGCGGACGAUGGAACCGAAAUCGAUUUUUGGCCUGCUAUUGUUCUAUCAUACUCCACAAAGAACGAGCCAACCCCGCAUAAACCCGGAGAAAUAGACUACGAUAUUGUUUCUCGGUUUAUGUUCAACAUUCGUUUGUUGGGCGUGAACCACCAGGUUACAGUUCCGGAGAAUCGCCUACUUCCUCAGCUGGGGUAUACCCCCAGCCAAUCACUCCUCGCCAUCGUCAAAGAGUGUCCGCCCAACCGACCAAUCAGUCCAGGCUUGUCCGAAUACACUCAUUUCAAUCCUCUUCCCGAAUACGACAGAGUUCUAGAAAUUCGUCCUGGGGCGUAUACUCGUGACGAUGCACUACCGGCAUUCACACUAGCUCUUCACAUAAUGGGUUGCUUGGUCCCAGUCUGGAGUGCAACUAACGCUUACUCAAACGACGAUGAGCUAUUCCAAGGGCUGUGGUGGGGUGCCGAACGAAUUUGGCUGGAAGAUGUUGUGCGCUUGCGACCUUCACGCGACGAACUUGACCCAGACAAUGCCAUGGGCCUUUUACCACCUUCUUCUGAGGAUGCCUUAGACCGUGCUCUAUUCCUUCGUUUGGCACAUAUUGCGACGGAUCAGGAGGAUCCGACGGGCACGAACAUAUCCGUUGGGGGUGACUUGUAUGAGCUUGCGCGGAAAGAAACCCAGCCGGAUUCUGCCCACAAGUCACCACAAGCCCCGUCUAGAGCAUCCAUUUUCGGCCCUCCGACCGGCCUACUUGUCCCUCCAUCAUCUGUUCCUGUCGCAACAUCCUCCGAGCAUCCCGACUCCGAGCUCGCCCCGACGGCCGGCCCAAGUUUGGCCAGGACACCUCAAGGGAUGCCCCCUGCUCCUCCGGGAUUCGUGUUUCGUAAACUACUGGGCACCGGAAACGAAAUGGUGCUCGACAUUGGUGCCGUUGCUGGACGAUACUACUCUCAAAUCCUUCCAACAGAGACUUUGGACCGUGUAAGACGAACAUUGAAUGGAGAGAGUGUCAAAGCUGGUCACACAGUAAAGGGAACGGUUGAAGGGUAUGCCAGAGAGAGGAUUCGACGAUCGCGCGUAGACACACACGCAUUUGAAAGCUCCAAGGAUACAUUAGUGCAGAUUCUUACGUUGAUGGGGUUGCAUUUGGGGCAAGGGAAUGCGAUGCAGCCUGAACAAUGGGCGAAAGGCCGACUGAACACUAUCAAGGGUGCGGAGGCGAAUGGUAGGUCGAACCUGUUUGAGCAGUGGACAACAGGGCCGAUGGGAGCAGUGAUGUUGAGAUGUUGGAUCCGUAAAUGGUGUCACGAUUUGCUUUCUAGUUAG